AUGGCGUCGCUCUCAUUAAGCCCUGAGGGCAGUCAGAAGCCCAGCGACUUCACUGCCAGCGUGUUCGGGGAUUCGUCAGUGGCAAAAUGGGGACCGAGACACCGAAACCCAAUUGCUGCUGGGUGCGGGGCUGCAAAUCUGGAAAAGCGGGGAUUAGUGGCUGACACACCUUGCAACGAUCUGCCAAACCCGUGGCUGUGCCUGAACAGCCCCACGUUCCGGCGCUCAAACAUGCUGUCAAGCCAAGCCAGCCUCGCGCCGCCAACACAACACACCCCAGUUCAGCCCCUGGAAUCGUGGCCGAGUCAUCCACAACUCGAAACCCAUGCAGCCCAUGAUGGCGGCCCACAGCUGGUCACGCUUGCGCGCGCCAGUUCUCGUGCGCUGGAGCACUGGACCCCCUUUCUUCCCCAUGGAUUCUUCAAGGUUCAACUAGUUACGAUGCCCUUCUACGCCAACACGCCCGAGGCGCGACUGGGCCGCGCAGAUUCGUUGGACCCGGCAACGACAUGCAGAGGUAUCACUUCCGGCGGCCGCCCAUGUCGUCGUCCACUGUCUGCAGAUGACGAACCACCGGCUAGUUCGCGCUUGAGGCCCGCGAAAAAACGCACCGAUAAUCCAGCAGACGAGAGCCUGUACUGCUGGCAGCACAAGGACCAGGCCAGUGCCUCGGCGCAGUCGACCCCGGGGCCAAAGUUGUCUCAUACGCCCAUUCUGGAGGGGCGAACUAGCAUAGACACACUUGCCGAACGCCUCGGGCUCGUCCGCACACAGUCCCAGAAACCGCAGUAUGGAUGGGGAAGUGGGAACCCCUCAAGCAACACGGCCCGACCAAAGUCGAAAACCACAUUCUGCUGCUGCUUCAGCCUCCCCUCCUUCGACGAGGUCGAGCUUCCCCCGCGCCCGAAACCCUACCCGGUACAGCCAGCGUCCACGUCCCACAGGCCGGGGGGCAAGAAGAAGAGCUCGGGCCGACGCAAAGCCUCGUCGCUCAUCCCCGACGACCUCCCGGAGGAGACGACCGCCCAGCUCGUCGGCGAACUAGAGAAGACCGUCUCGCAGCAAGACGAAGCAGGAUACAUCUACAUCUUCUGGCUCACGCCCGAGUCCGAACCGGCCACGCCGCCCGCCGAGGCAGCCCGCUCUUUGCUGGCGCCACCCUCCACAUCCAACCGCGGCCGCCGACCAAGCGACGUCCUCUCCACCUUCGCCCGGCUGGCCAUUGGCGACGACAGCGACAACGACAACAACAACGCAGGCGGCCAGCAAGGCGGCCACAGCAAGCCCAAGAAGAAGGUGCUCCUCAAGAUCGGGCGGGCGACCAACGUGCAGCGGCGGCUGAACGAGUGGCAGCGGCAGUGCGGCUACAACCUCUCGCUGAUCCGCUACUACCCCUACGUGCCCUCCAGCAGCCCCGGCAGCGCGGCGCCGCGCAAGGUCCCGCACAGCCACAAGGUUGAGCGCCUGGUGCACAUUGAGCUGACGGGCCGCGGCCUGCGCGUGGCCGACCGCGAGAAGUGCGAGGCCUGUGGUCGUGAGCACCGCGAGUGGUUCGAGGUCGAGGCGUCGCGGAGCGCGGUGGCGGCUGUGGAUGAGGUGGUGCGGCGGUGGUCGGAUUGGGAUGAGGGGUUGCUUUAG